GUCACUGCUGUUGUCACUUGGCGGCGCUUUCCUCUUGUUGCUAAACUUUUAAUUGCCCUUUUAACAGUACUGAUUUCAAUCCUCCCCAGGCUAUCAGUAAUUGGCCCUCUUUCCUGCCUAAUUUCUUCUCUUUUUAGGUGUUGCUUGCAGGUAUGUCUAGUGUAUGCAUAUAGUCACUCUGCCAGGCGAGGGGGCACCAUGGAAGGGAACAUACAACAAAACCUUAUUCUGCUUGAAGAAUCCAAGGAUGUUGCAGAUGGUGAAUUCGAUAAAUCAAUCCUACUUUCAAUGCCCAAUUCACCAAGUCAAAAUGGCAGACCACGCAGCAUGGUUAUCAAGAAAGCGCACAGUGUAAUUCCUGCUCACUUGGUAGCUGAAGCAAUCUCGACAUUACAAGGCCUUGACUUGAGAUGGUCUGGCCCCAUAACACCCAGUGAAAUGCAAUAUGUGAAGCAGUAUGUCUUUGCAAAAUAUCCGCAAUAUUGCAAUGGGCUUGUGGAAGAUGGAGAAAAGAUUGAUCUUGAUAAUCUUUCCAUCAAUGAGGAAUCCUCUGAGAACGAGACCAUGACCGAUGAUAAGCGAAAAUCCCCAAGGAUUGUUGGCAGCAGAGAGUGUUUUUCUUCUUCCUCCAGUAUAACCACUAGCCUCUCUGAUAUUGAAAACACUCAAUUGGAGCCUUCAAAACUUCUGGAUAUCCUCACUAGGAAAACUUCCUUUCAAGGGAAUUUCAUUUCAAUACCAGAAAUUCAAGCGCAAAACAGGGCUUUGAAACAUUGCGGGCUAAGUGAAGACGAGUAUUUAGUCCUUUUCAUGCCCAACUACAAGGAUGCUAUGAUGCUGAUAGGAGAAAGCUACCCCUUCUUUAGAGGGAACUACUAUUUGACAAUUGUUACCGAAGAAUCCGACUAUAUAAGGGAAUUCGCCACCCGUAGAGAAUCAAAGGUUAUUUCUGCACCAGAAACUUGGUUGGAUCUGAGGAUUAAGGGAUCCCAACUUAGCCAAAACUUCAGAAGAAAAUGUAAACACAGCCCCAAAGGCCUUUUCUCGUACCCAGCUGAUGUAAAUGGGACUAGAUUUUCCAUGCAUUGGAUCUCAGAGGCACACAGAAAUUCGUGGCACGUCCUCCUUGAUGCCACAGGUUUGGUUUUCGGUGAUGGUCAGGAGCGGUUGCCCCUUGCCCUCCACCGUCCUGAUUUUGUGUUAUGUACGCUCGAUAACACGCAUGCCCAGCCAUCCAAGAUUAUCUGCCUCCUUGUAAGGAGAACAUCAUUCGAUACAUCCUCCUGCUCAGCAUAGGUUUCACAUUUU